CCAGGGGAGGGCCGGUCCUUUGUGGCGAGGUCGCACUUGCAGGUGCAUUCGAGCCACUUGCUUGACGUGUGCUUUGCGCUUUGCGCUGCUGGUUCUGAAGGUUGGCCCGGAACAUAUCUUCGACGGGAAAUAGUAUAAGCUUGUAGUACUGCGCCAUCAUUUGGGCGACAGAAGUCGUGCCAUUUGGGAACGGAAACUCUUCUGGAAGAUCGAAAUGUGGGAGAACGAGAUGCCAGCUGUUCUUUUCAGAAACCUAGAGUUCCUCAAGAUAAGGACGCGCGGGGAGCCGGAACGGAGAAAAAGAAGGCGUACACUCUGCCCACCACCAGCUUGCACAAUGAUACCCCACAACCUCGGAAUAUCCACUUCCCUUCCCGCUAGCCUCACGACUCCGACGUCCACCACGUCCAAGAACUUCCACACCGUGUUGUUAGAGUCGAAGGUUGGGGUCUCAAUGCCGGUCAGGUUUGGUGGCAAUGGCGUAUUGCGAGUCACCAUAAGGCGCGCGAGGUUCGACAAGAAUUGGCGUUGCUUGGCCACCGGCCCCGCCGAUUGCAUACGUGCAGCCGCGUUUGACUGGGCCAUACCAGAUUCGUUGAAUGUAGCGUUCAUGCCCGUGCCUGAAACACCUGAGUAUCAGGAAUCGACUUGACGCUUGAGGUCCGGAUGGGAGACGCAAACCUGGGGUUGAAUCAAAUCCAAUUCCCGAACUUGUUCCGCUCAGGGAACUGCCACGAGUCCUUGCUUGAUUUACGGCAAGCAUAGCGGACAUCUGUUUUGCCGCUUGCGCAUUGAGCGUGAAAUCAAACGGGUUCAUUUGACGAGGGGCCUUGGGGAGGCGUAAAAAAAUAGUCGAACGUUGGGAUGUCGAAUCGUGGAACGCUGAUGCCGCGCUCGCGUGGCGCGAUGUGUCUGACAGAACAGUCGGAAAUCGUGCCCACAGAGAACCAGCACUGCAAUUCACGCUCACACUAUUGGAUAAGGAUAUUCUCCGUUUAAAUCUCCGCGGUUCUGUAGAGCAGACGGAAAAAGAGAUCCUCGACGCCCUCGUGUCGUGAUCAGACUCAACAUCACCAAAUCCCCUCCCUAUUUACGCCUUCAAUCUCCUCUUUAUCUCCGCUAACGACAACUUUUGUAUCCUGAAGGCGUUCACAGUGCUCGACGGGCACCAUCAUGUCAGAAAUCGACGAUAUAUUUGCCAAACGUCCUCUCGCAUCCACUUCCGCUGCACCUCCCGUUGAUCAACCCAAGAAGAAGAAGAGCAAGAAAGGAAAAGUGAAAGAGCCAGUCAAGGACGAAAUUGAAAACGCGUCCAAGAGCUCGUCCUCGUCUAAAAAACGUGCUGCUCCUGAGACUGUUGUUGAUACCUCUUCUCGUCCCGUCCCUGCGCAGAAAAAGAUCAAAUUAGCCAAGUAUCCACCUGCUCCUGUGAUUGGCAAAGAGGAAGAAAACAAGUUCACGGAUUCUCGAGGAAGUGGACCGAAACGGAAAACGGAAGAAGGGUGGACGAUCUAUAAAGAGGAUGAGCUUGGUAUCAAAGACGAGGGUGGAGGUAGCGUCCCGUUUGUCUCCCCUUCGUUUCCUUACAAGUUUCUCGCAGACACCCCCCUCUGUCCCUUCGACUGUGAUUGUUGUUUUUAACUCUGGAACGUGUCAUAAGAUUUCGCCGCUCUUUGUCUUGCCUGAAGCCGGCUCUAUCGAAGCCUCACAAAUUGGACCAAUGAUUUGUUGAGGUCAAUGUGUAGCCUAAAGCAAUUUCGCGCUAGGUAACUUCUCUCAAGCGUCCCACUUGAAGGAAAGAUAGCACUCCUCGUCGAGAUCCUCUAGAUGCUACAAUCCCCGCAAUGUUGUUCGACCACUAUAAUAUCUGAUUAAUCGUCGUCGUCAUCGUCGACACUGA